AUGUCGGAGUUGCUGAAUCUCGUCGAGUUCUUAAAUGAGAGUUUGACUAGCCCUGAUAGUUCUUUACAAAAAAAUGGUUUCAAGCAGCUUAAUGAAGGUAUCCGCUCACGACCAGCAAAGUACUUCACGGAGACAGAAGGUAAUCGUAGAAAUUCUCUCAUGUCAAUUUCGAAAGUGUUUUACAUAGUGGAGUUCUAUGUCUCGCGAUUGGUAUUACCUAGCGCUGACUUGGUUGGUAUUAUCCUUGAGGGUAUUCUUUGGUUCGCUCGAAAACAGCUGCUUAGUGCUGAUUGUGCUGUAAAAAUUUGCAGUGAAGGAUUAUUUUCGAGUCUUCACAUAGGAAGCCUCCGGAAGAGCGAGCGUCUUAUUGCCUAUCAUCUUCUCUUUGAACUUCUCUCUUAUGAUCGUACACGAAGUGGCCUUGUCUCGAUGAAAUCGGAAUUUGUUCAGGGUUUCAUUGUCUCAACGGAAGGAGAAAAAGACCCCGAGUGUCUCAUGUCGGUGUUUACCAUGCAUCCUCUUGUCCUACAACAUUUCGAUCUUGGACACCUGGCCGAGGAACACUUUGAUUGCAUGGCUGCCUACUUCCCUGUUAAAUACACGCCUCCACCUGGUAAUUCCGCAUUGAUAAGUCGAGCACAGUUGGCGGAGCAUCUAAGUGCUUGUCUCUUUGCUGCGCGACGCGUUGAUGGAAGUCUUUUAAUACCAAUGCUCCUGGAGAAGGCCUCCUCGCGGCAAACAGACGCGCGCUCCGAUGCACUAGCUCUUCUUGCGGAUUGUUUAGCCGGUAUACCCCACGCAGCUUCUUUCUUCAGCGAAUUUCUUCUUGUUCUUCCACCACAACAACGAGAUCCCAUUUCCGCUGCCCAUGUCACCGCUUACAUUUUCUCACUCUGCAACUUGCUCGGCCAGUUGGUAACUAAUUCCUUUGCUAUCCACUUCCUCUCUGCAACUGACUUAGAUGCGUCAUGCGAUGCAGAAGACGUUAAUCAAAUGUUUUCCAUCGUUGCUGCGUUGGCAUUCAUGUACAGAGGCAGGCCGGAAGAGGUGGACUUCGUAGAGACUUUGUUGAAGUGUCUGUGGCCAGAAAAGCGAGAUAUGGGGUCAACAGAUACUGAUGGAUGGUUCAGCGUGGCUGUGGUCAAUGCACAGGUUGCGCCUCAAGACUUGGUGGCUGACUGUCUGCUUACAGGGGUUCUUGCAAGUCCCGAUGGUCCCCUACUUGCUCGCCUCUUCCACCGUCUUGCUGCACCUCUCCUCCGGCCCAAAGUCGACCUGUUACCCACCGAUGACUGUUUCUAUCAGAUCAAAUUUGAAGAGGUGUGCCUCUGUCUCGCUUGUUUUUUGCAGAUCGUCAAAUGGACACCUCACAUCUUAUUUCUAAAUCGUGUCCUGUCUCACUUCUCGCGGCACAAACGUCUAUCUUUGGAAGGCAUUCAAGCAAAAGAGGAAGAUGUACGCGCUAUUGUAUUCAACCUCUCGCACACCCUAAAGCGGUCCUGCUCCGACCUUCGAAUGUGUGAUGAUGACAGUCAAAGUCUGACUGAAAUCGCCGCCUUCAGUCUUCUAUGUAGAUUGCUACCACUCCUCAGGAGUGACGAUGAGGUUCAAAAGGCGUUCUUAGCAUUUUGUCCGCAUGUUCUUGAGCAUAUGGUGUUUGCUAAGCGGAUGGAAACGCCUCACUACACUCUGAGACUGGAGCAACAGUGUUUGUUGGCCAAACUUGUAUCUCACUUUUCGUUGGCAAAGGAUGACCUGCUGCUUCUUCUCUUUAAGUUGCUUCAAGGUGCUUCAUCUGUUGAACUUGAGAGCGUUGCCAUAGAGGUACUCCAACGAGCCUCCUGCGACAGUAGUACCAUUCUUGAUAAUCUCGUCACACUUCUUUAUCAACGUUGUUCAGAUGCAAUCAGUCUCACUCCCGUCCUCCAAAUGACCUCUGCAAUCCUCUACAUAGCAACAUCGCUUCGAACGAAGGACGAGAACAAUUUGCUUCCAUUUUUGGCAUCCAUUCUGCAGCAUCGUGGAAAUGAAAUUCUUAAUGUGGCUGAGCGAUUGAUAUGGGAGCUGCCUAGGGAGGAAGCCAAGUCCUGCUUACUAGAUUUGCUUUCAACUUUUCGCUUGGUUGCUUCGGGUCUUUCAGAACUUCCAGGAGUGCUACUACGCACAAUUAUCGACUCGUUGUACAGUUAUUUCACUGCUUGUAUUUUCAACCUUCGUUCUGGCGACUCCACUCUCCGGAGUAUUGUCUUUAACGAAUUGUGUUUGUGUUCUGCCACAUUGAUCAAUAAAUAUCCUGGCAAUGAUGUGCCAGGAAUUCUUACGAAGAUCUUCAACUUGCUAUUGUCGCAUAUGGAAACAGCAGGAGACAGUUCCUCUCCUGUUCUGAUCGCGCGUUUUGUGGUGCUUGUGUUGCGGGGUCUUCUUGUCUCUCAGCUUACCGUUACCGCUACGGCUCGACAACGGUUAUUGAAGCGCCUCCUUGACGUCCUCUUAUCAACUAAUGCGUCGGAUGCGGAGCAGAACCUUCAACGGACUUGUCUUCUUCGUUCGCUCCAUCUCCUCUUGCCUCUCUCUGAGUCUGCAUGUGUUGGCACUGGGCUGGAGAUCGAGGUUGAGUCGGAGCCCCUUUUUUUAAACGAGGAGAUCUGUCACUGUCUAGUUAAUCCGCUGGCCGUUCAGAAGAGCUUUUGUCUUGUUGCUCUCCGCCUUCGUACCGCUUGGCAAACACUGAGGGAGCUUUGUGAAUUGUCCUCUAGUCAGGUCUCCCUGGCAGAGGCUUUUCUUCAUGGCUACCUACGCUUAUCUUCGCUCCUUCCCGACAGUCUUAUUACUGACUACGCCUCGGAUGCCUUGGAGGCGGCUGUGGUGGGCGUGGUGGGUGACGCCCAACAUGUUGUGGGACCAAAGACUCAGGCACUAGGACUCUUUGUCAUCGCCCGAUUGGUCACUCUUUGCUUUGCUCCCUCCUCCACUCUUUCCUCUUCGUUUGCCCUCUUCUCCACCUCCGACGCCGCCGACAAUUUACUCGAAAAGCUCUCCUGCUUGCGAGUCACCUCUGGGCCUGGUGACUCUUCGUUACAGAUUGCUUCGAGUCUGCGAUUCAACUUAGCGCGUUGCCUGCGUUUCUUGGUGGAUCUUCCGUCCGCAUCGACGACUCGCCAUCGUGCCGCCGUUCGAUGUUUGUUAGAGGACUUGUUGGACGACGAUUGUCAGUCUGUGCGGCUAGAGGCUGCUCGUGCGCACAAUGAUUGGUGUCUUAAGGUUUGA